AUGGAAAUCUCACAAUCGGAGGUUGUGGAAAUUGGGUCGGUUGGAAAGGGUUUUGAUCAGGGGGUCAAAACGUUGUUUGCUCAUACAACAGGGGUAAGACAUUAUUUAUUUUUGGAGCCAUCUAAAAUGUUCCUGUGCAUUAAUGGCAUGUGGAUGCAUGUUCCUAUAUCGUAUUCUUGUCAACUGUACCUUAGUAACUGGUCACCCGUGCACUUAAGCACUACGGUGGCAGUGACAUCCUUAGAAAAGACAAUGAAUCUUGAAUGUGGAGGUGCUCGUGGCUUCCCAGGUAGAAGGGGAGUAGAAGCGCUGUUGGGAUUAUCGGCCACAAAUGAAACAUUGAGUGCCUUGCACCGUGCUCAAGAUUCACUCGAAACUGGAGGCAUUAAGAUCUCUAAUGCUAGUGCAUCGAAUCCUGGGAUACCUCCGUCAUCAUUGAUGUCAUUUCUGAGGAAGAACUCUCAGACUUCUGGGAUAGUCUUAGAAGAUUUUGAUACAGCCUUCAUCAACAAAUUCUACCACAGUCACCUUGAUGAUCUGUCUAAUAUCAACUCUUCAGCCAUAGUGGCAGCUGCUUCCCUUGUUGCCCGAACACUUUACAUUCUUGCUAGUGAUAAAAAGAAUCUUAGUGCUUCAGCUCUAAGUGCUAUCAAUGUGAAUGCCUCUUUGGUAGAUGAACUGUUGGGUUGCCUAUUAAGUUGUGAGCUGGGCUUAUCAUGUGAACUGGUGAAGGACUAUAUAUCACCCGCCAACACUUGCCCGAGCAAUUAUGUCGGUGUCAUCGUUGGGGAACCAACAUCCACACCUUAUACUGGUUAUGUGAGUGAUGUUUCAAGGUUUGUGUGGAACUUUCUGGCCGAGAAAACAUCUAUCCCAUCAAAGAAUGCUAGUUCUUCUUGCCCACAAGCUUGCAAUAACAAUGGUGAACUGUGCAUCAAAGUGGAGACAGAUGGGAAGGGGGUCUGUGUUAUCUCCUCAACCAGGUAUGUACCAGCAUAUUCCACCCGUUUGAAGUUUGAGUCUGAAACAUGGAAUUUGUUACCCCGCAAUUCCUCUGAACCAAUGGAUCUAGAAGACCCUGUCUGGACAGAGAGCAAUUGGGAAAUGAUACGGCUUCGGGUGUACACAGUUCAGGGUGCUGCUUAUGACCAUCUGAUUCUGCUGUUGGGUAUUGCUGUCACCAUCUUCGCUUACGUUUUGAUUGUGGUUACCAGAGCAUUCAUAACAAAGGCCCUAAAGCUGGAUUGA